AUGUGUACAGCAAGUUUACAAAUUAUCAAGGAAGGUAUAUCUCAAAUUGUAACAGGUCUCAUUACUGGUGAUGUUUACAAUAAUAAUAGCUCUGCUGAUUCCAAUGCUGAGGUUGAAUGGAUGUUUGGAAUUAUGAUUCCAAAAUAUCUCUCCUCAAUUUUCUAUUGGUAUGGUAUUGGUGUCUUGUUGGCAACUAUUCUCAUCAAAUUGGCUCUCCAUUUGGUUUGCAGAAGAGUCAAACAUUCACCAUCUGUAAUUGCCUACGCAUUCGAUCAUAGAAAUGAUGUCUUAUCGAACAGCUUGUUACUUGUUUCAUUAUUCUUGAGUACUUACUUGUGGUGGUUAGAUUCUAUUGGUGCAGUUCUUUUGAGUACUUAUAUUAUUAAGAGUUGGAUUCAGGAAUCUUUGGAACACAUUACAAAACUGGUUGGCUUGACUGCAGACAAGGAGUAUAUUCAAAAAUUAACAUUUAUGGCCUUGAAUCAUAGUCCUUUAAUUACACAAGUUGAUUCAGUAAUGGCCUACUACUCUGGAGCUAAUAUGAUUGUUGAGAUUGAUGUUGUCCUUCCAAAGGAAACUCCACUCUUGGACUCUCACGAUGUUGGUGAAUCAUUGCAAAAGAAGAUUGAAUCAUUACCAGAUGUUGAAAGAUGUUAUGUACAUUUAGAUUAUGAAUUUGAACACACCAAAGAUUAUGAACAUGUAAUUAAGGACUAA